GUCGCCCAGGCAAACACGCCCAUUGGAAAUGCCGAACAGAUAGAAAGACGGUCACAGAGAGAAGAAUCUUCGCCGCUGCAUUACGUUACAUACUGAUUCAGAAAUUGUGCUGGCACGGAGGUCUAGGCUGACGUACACACACCUCAGUGAAGUAUUGUACCCUUUCGUCAGGUUCUGAAAUGGGCAUCAUGAAGGCCAGUUUUUUGGCAGUCCUACUGGCCAUGGUUGCCAUAGUUACCAGUCAUGGUCCGACUGAAAAGCAACUUCAGGAAGCCGUCGCCUUAGCGACUGUGGAAUUGAACCGACCAUCAUCUGCAGCGGCUCGGGUCUGCAGUCUCGGCUGGUCCAAAUACGGUUCCGUAUGCUUCCGAGCUUUCACCGGCAGCGUGGACUACGCGGGGGCCAAGGCCGCCUGCCGAACAAAAGGGGGUCGUCUGGCCAUGCCUAAAGACAGGAACACCAACGACUUCCUCGUUCGGCUGAAGAACGGAAACAGCCGAAGUGUCCCCGCCUGGAUUGGGUUGAACGACAUCAGUCACGAGGGGCGCUUCGUCUGGGAGGACGGUCAUGUUCUCUGGCCCCGACAGUUUGCGGACUGGGCGCCUGGCGAACCCAACAACAUGCCCGUUGGACACGGAGACUGUGUGAAGAUCGAGAAAGCCAACAUCUUGAGCGCGUAUGCGAACAGGUGGAGAGAUUACAUCUGUAGUGGGCAUCUCGGUUUCAUCUGUGAAAAAGCUCCCACCCGGCCCGGCCCGGCGGCAGGUCGGGCGGCCCCCAGCGGGUGUCAGCAUCAGCUCGCGGCCGUGCACCGCUCCACCGCCAUGACGGUCAAACUCAGCAAUCAUGCCGCCAUCUUGGAGAAGGUGGCAAAGAGCCUCAUGACCAGUGCCGGUGGUCCCAGUCUGGACGUGCUGUCCCGGAUAAACUCUCGUUACAUCACCAGCGUUUGUCAUGGGACAAUGGUGGCGGCGUGUCCUAAAACAGCCACCCCAGAAUUCCGUUCGGCAGACGGCCGUUGCAACAACCAGCGUCACCCCCUGUGGGGGAGCACCGAACAGUGCCUGAAAAGGUUGCUCCCUCCACAGUACGACGAUGGUCUUAUGUCACCACGCACCACCGGCCGGAAUCUCACCCCCCUCCCCAAAGUGCGACGUGUCAGCCUCGUCAUGCACGAGGACCUGCGGAAAUCCAGCCCGGUCAACACGCACAUGGUCAUGCAGUUCGGACAGUUCCUGGACCACGAUUUUACUUUAACACCCAGCUUCCAGGAGGAAGGUCUGGACUGCACCUGUGACUCCACGGACGAACGUUGUUUCAACAUCCACGUCCCCUCCGAUGACCCUGACUUCAGUGGACGGCCCUGCCUGGGAUUUUCCCGCUCCCGCUCCUGUCCGAACGAAGGGUGCCGCAUGGGCCGCCGGCAGCAGCUCAACCAGAUCACCGCCUUCGUGGACGCCUCCAACGUCUACGGCUCCUCGGAGGAUGAGAUGUCCUCGCUUAGAAGCAGAAGUGAAACUAGAGCCCGCGGCCUGCUGAAGUCCAGACCGAACCCUGCAGACGCUAACAAGAAGGAGCUCCUGCCUGGCGCCAUGACGGAGGAUUUCGAGUGUGACGAAUUCACCGGAUCCGAGACGUGCUCGCAGGCCGGGGACGUCCGUGUGAACGAGCAGCCGGGGCUGACCUCCAUGCACACUGUCUUCCUGCGAGAACACAACCGGAUCGCCAGGGGGCUCUGCCGACUCAACCCGCGCUGGGAUGACGAUCGGGUGUUCUACGAGACCAGGAAGAUCAUCGGCGCACUGAUGCAGAAGAUCACGUACGGCGAAUUCCUUCCUCGCGUUAUUGGACCUGCCGCAAUGGCAGCUAAUCAAUUACGGCUCCUCUCCAAUGGCUUCUAUCGUGGGUAUAGCGCAAGCGUAAACCCAACCAUCUUCAACGUCUUCGCCACGGCAGCCUUCCGUUUUGGCCACAGUCUCGUUCAGAACAGUUUCAACCGCUUUGCUGCAGACUUCACCCAGGGCAGUACAUGCCCGUUUGAACUGGCCUUUGCUUUCUUCAACCCUUCCCACAUCUUCGACAACGCCCAAGGCGGCCCGGACUCCAUCCUACGCGGCCUGACGGCUCAGCCGCAUCAGGACUUUGACCGGUUCAUGGUGUCGGGCCUGACGAAGCGCCUGUUCGCGGUUCCUGCCGGGUCGGACAGAGGCCUGGAUCUGGCGGCUCUGAACAUCCAGCGGGGUAGAGACCACGGGCUGCCCGGCUACAACGCCUGGAGGGCGAGGUGCGGGCUCCGCAGAGCGGCGAAGAUUGGCGACCUGGCGAGGGAGAUCCCUGACGCCACCACACGGCAGAAACUGGGGAGUUUGUACAGCCACGUGGACGACAUCGACGUGUUCGUGGGGGGUCUUGCUGAGGAGUCCGUGUCGGGCGGUGUCGUGGGUCCAACCUUCGCCUGUCUGAUCGGCAUGCAGUUCCAGAACCUCCGCAAGGGGGACCGCUUCUGGUUUGAGAACCCCGGACAGUUUUCAUCAGCCCAACUAGCGGAGAUCAGGAAGGCCAGUCUGGCCCGGAUCCUGUGCGACAACACGGACGGCACGACCCAGAUGCAGCCGGAUGUCUUCCGCCAGCACACACAGCCUGGGAACGAGAGGGUGGCCUGCUCGUCUUUGCCCCAGAUGGACCUCACCAAGUGGCGUCAGUGGUAGGUCUCCUGGACAAAGUAGCCGGUUCGCUUUCCUUAAACCAGGCGUCAGUCUCAAAUUGUAUGGACCUUUUUCGGCCACCAUCCUCCUACAUCCGACAGCGAAACCGCCUGUCUGGAUGUACCCUGCUCUUUCAACCGUCAACCUUAGUUCUUGACCGCCCUUCUUAUAAAUAUUAAUGAGCUUACCCUUAUAUAUGCGAGACCCCUUUUAAAAACUGAAA